AUGACCAUGACAACUACACUCUCAUCUCCAAACGUUAUUUCAAAAAGUAAAACUCGACCUUCGACACCUGUGAGACGUCGUUGUUUAGCAUCAAUUCAAUGUAAUGUAAGAAAUGAUAGUAUUGAACCAGCAUUACUUGAUCUUAUUGAUCGUCUAAAAAAUUCAACUGAUUCAUCGACACAAUUACUGAUACGUUUAUAUUAUCAUAAAUCUGUUCGUCUAAAUGAUCAACCAGAAAAAUUGUAUUUAUUUCAACAAGAAAUUUAUUCUGGACUUCGUCGACUACAUCCGUCUUUAAUAAAUUCUUCUUCAUUGAAACAAGAAAAUCAAUUGUUUAUUGUUCCACAACCUAUUAUUACAAGUCGCUCUGCACAAGCUAUUAUACGAAAACUUCAUUGA